GGAAGUACGUCUAUACUCCAUCACUUGACACUCUUUGUACACAACCGCUAGCUAGCGCAGCGCAGCGUGUGGGAUCUGUUCUGGGUUCUGUUCUGGUCAUCGGUCUGUAGCUGCAGCUGUAAUUCAAAGAUGAACACGGUUUUGUCCAGGGCGAACUCCCUGUUCGCCUUCUCCCUGAGCGUCAUGGCGGCCUUGACGUUCGGCUGCUUCAUCACCACAGCCUUCAAAGACAGACGGGUUCCCGUGGACAUCCACGUCUCCAGAGUCAUGCUGAAGAACGUCGAUGACUUCACCGGACCCAGAGAGCGCAGUGAUCUCGGUUUCAUCACCUUUGACCUCUCUGCAGAUCUGCAGCCGAUUUUUGACUGGAACGUCAAACAGCUGUUUCUCUAUCUGUCAGCUGAGUAUGUAACAAAGAGCAAUUCUCUGAACCAGGUGGUGCUGUGGGACAAGAUCGUCCUUCGAGGUGAAAACACCAAACUGAACCUCCGAGACAUGAAGUCGAAAUACUUCUUCUUUGACGACGGGAAUGGACUCAGAGCCAAUAAAAACAUCACCCUGACGCUGUCGUGGAACGUUGUCCCCAACGCUGGAAUCCUUCCUCUAGUGGCUGGAAGUGGACAUGUCAGUCUCCCGUUCCCAGACGCAUACGAGUCCACCAAGAGCUAUUAGACGGACCCCCACACAUCCAGCCAGUUUCACACAAGCCCCCUCCCCACACACACAAGCUGAUGAAACAAGAGUACAGGUGCAAACUGACCAACACACAAACACACACACAAUACACUGGUUUUCUUAAAACGUGAAAAUGAAUUUUUGGUUUGUAAUAAAAGGUGAGAUUGGAACAUC